ACUUUAGGUCACUUUCUCGGUUAAGUUAAGUUAGAUUAAGUUAGGAUAAGUUAGGUUUGAUAUGCAAUCGUGCAUAUAUUCGCAUGAUGCUUGUUCUGUUAUUAUACAAAAGUGAGAUAGAAAGUGAUUAUCGUUGAUUGAUGAAAAACGGGAAUUUCUGUAGUUAAUCUAUUUCUGUUAAACAUAUAUCAUAUUUGUAAAUGACACAAUGUUGCAAAAUUACAGAACAGUAAUAAGAAUGAGCGAUAGAUAUCGUCAUAAGCGGAUCGCUUAAAUUCCGUAAUGUAAAAAUGACGUAUCCCGGGUUAGUACUUCUUGUUGGAGUUGGAAUUGGACUAGCGACUUUCCUUUAUUAUGUGUUCAACGAAAAUCGCGAGGAGGGACAGCAUUCAUAUUCUAGAAAUGGGAGACCACCAGAGGAUCAUUACGAAAAUUGCUCUUGGUCGACACCGUCGCAUAAAGAAAACACAUUCAAUAGAAGGAGCUCAUCAAAUUCUUUAAAAAGUAAAAACGGGAGGGAACCUACAACGAGUAAAGAUGAUAUAACCUAUUGUUCAAUCUGCCAAUAUGCAUUAAUUGAUUCGGAUGUAAUAAAAUUGUAUCCUUGUAAACAUAAUUUUCACAAAGAUUGUAUGAAUGAAUUGAGAAGAUAUGAUCCUGGGGCUUCUUGUCCUAAUUGCAGAAGAGAGAUCAAGCAAGCAAUAUAAGCUCGUCACAAACGUACAAUCGGCUUAUAUAGCCAUUGCGUGAUAAAUAUUAAUUAUUACAUGGUUAUUUUAUCUUUAUUAUAAUUAUAUAAUAUUAUUGAAAAUAACACAUGAAAUAUUACACAUAUAUUUAUUUUUAUUACAUAUCUUGAUGAUUUGAUCAAGAUACUUCCAAAAUUCCAAGAUUGUAUAUUUUACAAGAAAAAAAGUAUAUAUAAGAGUUUUCUAAAGAUUAUAUAAUCAUGUAUGUAAGUGACUCCUGGUUGUAAGAUUUUUAAUUUAUAAGCAAAGCAAGUCAUCAUCCGCCCAAUUUUCGCCCAAAAAGCGAAUAGAUCUAAAGCUUUAGCUGAUGCAAAAAGCCAAAGCUUCAUUAGAAAUCUAUUGCUCUUACUCUUAUCUCGUUCGAUGAGCCGCUAAAGAUUUAUGAUCUAGUUCUUUAAAAAAAAAAUGCUUAUGGACAAAUAAUUAGUCCCGAGCAACUUGUUUAAAUGUAUAUAACCGGGAGUCUCUGAUAUUUUAUUCAGGUUUCUUUUCUUAUUAAUAUUAUUUUACAUUUAUACAAAAAUUGAUUAUAUAUUAUUUGUCUGUUAUAUAAGGAACGAACAAUUACAGGGUAUGAACAAAAACUAGAACAUUAUUCUAACAGUGUCUUUCCAAAAUGGAGUGUCAAAUCAAACCGAAAAGUUUAUUAUUUUCUUCUUGAUUAAUAAUUGAAGCUCUUUUUUAAGGUAAUGAUUUUUCGAUAAUUAUUUGUUGAAGAAGAAAAUGAUAAAGAGAUUUUAAUAUCAGGAAUACGCUUAGAAUAAUGCUGCAAUUUUUGUUUACAUUCUGUACAUAAAUGCACAAAUAUAUAGUCUACUAUAUAAGUAAAAGAUUUGUAAUUGCAAGAUCUGAAUAUUUUCUAACAAAUAACUAUUUGAGUGUAUUUUUUUUUCUAUUUUUGUCGCUUUUAAUUUAAUAGAACGACCUUAUUGCAUUAAAUUAAAAUUCUUAAUUAUUUCUACUUAGCUUGACACUUGAUGAUACAAAUUUCAAUUACGUUUAUAUAAGAAUCAGUAAAUCAUGCAAAUGAUAUUGCAGUAGUCGGCAGCAUUUUAUGUGUAAGAAAUUAAUUUCAUUUAUCUUUAAUAAAAUAAUAUAUAUAAUAUAAAUAUAUUGUACGAAUAUUUAAAAAUGUUGUGUAUGAAUAAUUAAUAUAAUAAUACACGCUA